AUGGCAGUAUAUUUUAUCACAAAGCUCAACACGCCGCUUAUCCAGGUUAUCCUUUUGGGAUUUGUGUGCUUGUGCUGUCCUGGGAUGUUUAAUGCAUUGAUGGGACUUGGGGCAGGUGGCUCAAUGAGCUCCAAUGUGGCCUUGACUGAUGCUGCAAACGGUACAUUGUAUGGGUGUUUUUCCAUCGUUGGGUUCUUUGCUGGAUCGAUUACUAAUACCAUUGGAGUAAAAUACACUCUCACUCUUGGAUCUAUUGGUUAUGCUAUAUAUGCAUCCGCAUUUUGGGUAUAUGAUAGAAAAAGCAUAUCUGGUUUUGUGAUUGCAGCUGGUGCAAUUCUCGGUUGUUGCGCAGGUGUAUUCUGGUCUGCCCAGGGAGCUAUAAUGAUGUCCUAUCCCGAAGAGAAAAACAAGGGAAAAUACGUAGCCAUCUUCUGGGCCCUCUUUAAUCUAGGCGGAAUCCUUGGCUCGAUAAUCGCCCUAGUUUUGAAUCUUGAGAGCAAUACAGGUGGUGUCUCUACCGGAACUUAUACUGCUUUUGUGGUCAUAAUGUUGGUAGGCGUAGUAUUUACACUAGUCAUCGCCUCUCCGUCACAAGUUUUCAGACCCAAUGGUACCAAUAUAUCCAUGGCAAAAGCUACCCAUUGGAAAGAUGAGCUCAAGGGUGCGAUCAUGAUUUGGAGUGAAUGGCGUAUACUCUGCCUUAUGCCAGCUUUCUUGGCUUCAAAUUGGUUCUAUGCCUAUCAGUUCAGACUCAAUGCGGUUUAUUUUGAUGCCUCCACACGCGCUCUUAAUGAUACAAUGUACUGGGCUCUUCAGAUCGUCGGUUCCAUGCUUAUUGGAGUAUUACUCGACUACCAAGGGAUGUCUCGUAAAGGUCGCGGUCUUUUGGGCUUCACUGUUCUUUUCAUUUGUCUUAUGACAGUCUGGGCCGGCGGAUUUGCUUUUCAGCUCACAUUUGAUAAUACCUUUUCUCAGCCUAUUCAUUGGACCUCUCCUUACUUUGGAGGACCGUUUGUUCUCUAUAUGAUGUAUGGUAUGUCGGAUUCUCUUUACCAAACCUAUAUGUACUGGCUUAUGGGAGCCAUGUCCAAUGACCCAACGCUACUCGCUCGUUAUGCUGGGUUUUACAAGGCAACUCAAUCCGCAGGAGCAGCAAUAGCAUUUGGUAUCGAUGCAGUAAAUAUUCCCCUUCGUUGGGAAUGUCUUAUUUGUUGGAUUCUUGUUUUCAUUUCAUUCCCUCUCAUCCUUAUUGUAGCCAAAAACAUUACAGAGACAAACGAAAAUCCAGUGGACGUCAUUUGCGUAAACGAGAUUUCCACAAAGAUAGAUUGUUGA